UAAAUGAAGGUCCAAUUUAAUAGAUAGUAGUAGAGACUUGAGCGACUGGGUACAAUUUACAAACAAGUUUAGCAGUAGGAGUGUAGAUCCGAACGAGAGGCAGAGCAAUUGAAUUAGGGCAAAAACAUGGGGAGAACAUCGAGCAAGGAAGACGCCGGAGCCCUCUUCCAUUCUCUUCGAUCUGCUUACGCUGCAACCCCUGUCAAUCUCAAGAUCAUUGAUCUAUAUGUGGGUUUCGCAAUCUUCACCGCCCUGAUCCAGGUAGUUUACAUGGCUAUCGUGGGAUCAUUUCCUUUCAACUCAUUUCUUUCUGGGGUGCUUUCUUGCUUUGGAACAGCAGUCCUUGCUGUUUGUCUUCGUAUUCAAGUGAACAAAGAAAACAAGGAAUUCAAGGAUCUACCACCUGAACGAGCUUUUGCAGAUUUUGUUCUUUGCAAUUUGGUGCUUCAUUUAGUGAUAAUGAAUUUCCUUGGAUAAAUCAAGCCUCCAGGUUUGCUGGACUGCUGGUCCUCUGUUUCUGGCUGUGAUUCAUAUUUAUGGUAUGAAACAAGACUCUUAGGUCAAUGUUACGAGUUUAUGCAUAUAGCAUAUAUAAUUGGGAACUGUAGUAAGAAUUUGAUCUUGCCUUUAGGUAAAGAGUUUGGAAGUUACUUGGAGG